UUUAAAUUCCCAGCCAUUAAUCUGCUCGGAACGGUUCUACUGAUUUCUAGGGGCAUCUGAUCACAUUGAACGAUGGAUAUACCCAUCAGUUAAUAAACGAGGAAAGCCCUGGACGAUCAAACGAUUCCUGUCUAUCAGAUAGCUCGAUCAACGCUGUCGUUUCACGCGUCCUCAGCGAUCUGUGUUCGCCUUCAGUUCCUCUAUUUUUGCCGCAGUCAAAAAUAAUUCCAGCUCGAGGCCAGCGGUAGCGCGUACUGUCUGUCUGCUCUUACUGCCUUUUCACACCUCUCGCUUCAUAAAACGGGCACCAACUCUUGUUUUUUUUUUAAUGGUAUGUGCAUCUUUGUUUUUGUAUUUCUUUGACCUUAGACUGGUUGACUUUUCUCCUGAUCAGAAAUCGAGCUCAUCCUGUUUGGUUUGGUGGCUAAUUCGCAAGCAGAGCUGGUUGACUUAAUGAUUUUUAACACUGAUUAUGUCUGUAGCAGAUAUAAUAUAAUGGUGAGCCAGUAAUACUGUCACCCAUUUGGCUGCCAGUCAAGUAGAGCAAAGGCCGUGCGAGGCAGAGAAAGGCCAGAGGGACAAGACAUAUACUGAGUCUUUGUGCCAGGGUUUUUGCUGCUCUCUUACUUCUGGUCACCCAUCGAUUCCUGGUUUCCCUCCACCUCUGAUCACAGCCAUGACCUCUCAGAGAGACCCAGACACAGUGAAUCUAAGGCUGAUCCUUGUGAGUGGAAAGACACAGGAUUUCACUUUCUCUCCUAAUGACUCUGCCACAGAUAUCGCCCGCCAUGUUUUUGAAAACUGGCCAGCAGGUUGGGAGGAGGAGUGUGUGAGCAGCCCCAGCAUCCUAAGGCUGAUCUUCCAGGGUCGAUUUUUACAUGGCAAUGUCACAUUAGGAGCUUUGAAGUUGCCCCCUGGCCGAACAACUGUCAUGCACUUGGUUGCCAGAGAGACACUGCCAGAGCCGAACUCCCAUGGCCAGAGAAACCGAGAGAAGACUACAGAGAGCAGCUGCUGUCUACUGCUGUAAAAUACAGAGAAAAACCUUCCCCACCUCCUCCUGCUCCCCUCUCCUCUCUCUUUGCUCUCCAACCCAUGGUGCAUUUUGGCUGAUUUCAGAAGAGCUCCAGGGAGAGUGCAACUAGGUUUUCAUUGUGUUUUUUUCUCUGUACAGUAGCUAAGGGACUCUUGUGCCAAGUUGAUCAAAUCUGAUAUAUUUGCCUUGGUUUGGUGUUCUCGUUUUCAUUUUGUUUUGUUGCCAAAGUUGCUUUGUAAAAUCACGGCCAUUUGUUUACAGGAUUUCAGUGAAAAUACUAAACUGUGGAAAUACGAAAUACCUGAAUCAUUGAAAGGAAAUUAUGUAAACGGAGGUGUGAACAGGUUUUCGGGGGAUGUCCUGUACUUGAGAGACCUUCUGCUCUCCUAACACCCCUGUUUAAUCGCUUAAGUGUCAGAGUUUUCACUUAGCAUCACACGUGACUCAGACGAAGCUUAACAUGCAUCAUAAUCUUGGACUUUUGAUUGCACUUAAAACGGAUCCUUAUCUGUCACUGUGUGUGUGUUAUAGUCUUAAUCCUCCCAUCCUGCAUCAAACAGAAGGAGCUUACAUAGAAAGGUGUGAUAAACACAAGCACCAGUACGAAGCUCUGUCUGUUGCUGUGUACUGAUGGAGCGCUGGUGGAUUUGACUGUGUGCCAUGGCCACCUACUUGUUUGCCUUUGUCCUAGGACCAAAGUCGCAAGACUCCUAUAACUGACCAGUUGUGUCAACACCUGUGCAUGACCCUAGUCUAGUGUUUCCUCACCCUGGGUGUGUACCAGCCUUCUUCGAAAACCAUUCACCCUGUGUCUACUUGAAUCGAAUAUUUUUGUUCCUCGUCUCCGCUGAAGAAGCAUGAGGGAAUUUUGGAGAAUUGUGCUUGAUGUAAAGUGACAAACUCGUCUUCUUGCCCAGUCAUGAUGUCAUCUGUAUCCUCAAUCACCUAGACAAAUCUAAUGUUCUGUCUUAAUGCUCAGCUAACCAUGAGUCCUGAGAGACGUCCCUCCCUGCUGUCUGAUACAAAGAAUAAGGGGAUCAUCAGAUGUCUGGAAAGAAGGGCUGGACUGGAAUGCCCCAUUGUAAGUGCUAUGGAUUCAUGGACCCCUGCUGCGCUCCAGUGGUUGAGGUAAAGAUGUGAGCUGGGGAUGGUCACCCCUAAUGGGCCCCUCACUGGUUGGAAGAAAAUAAAAAAAAAUUGAGUUUUAUUUCCUGAUGUUUGUAAGCUGUCUGUUUGGUUUGCCGUUUUGAUUGUGGAGAAUUAAUAUUAAUAAUGGAGUUCUAAAAGUCCUUUUUAUCUUGUCGUACAGUUGUUUUUAUUGGUACAUAUCAGGCCGACUCAUGUUAAUUGUGUGUGAAGGAGAGAGAGACUGUGUGGAUUACGUUUUUUUGGAAAGAUUGUGCAGUUGUUGUGAAACAGAAACUGUUUCCAGUCUUUCAAAUGGCCAUUUACUGCAAGAGUGUUAAUCAUUGUCACUGCUAUGAAAUUAGCUACAAAUUAUUCAAUGUAAAAAGAAAAAUUAAAUCUUGUAUUAUAAUUAAUAAAACCUUUCAAAUAAUA